ACCACGAGCAUCAUGAAGCAUCUGGGUCACUUUGCUGCCUUGUUCCUCUGCCUUCUAGAGGUCCUGAACACACCAGCUCUAGCAUUUCAAGUUCUUCAGCCUAGACGAAUCCUUGUAGACAGCCACAAUGUCACUCUCGAGUGUGAGUACAACAUCAUUGGAAAUGGAUCACCUGGGCAGAUCAGGAUCACCAUUUAUAAAGGUGAACUCAAGGCUGACACUGAGGUCUGUGCUAUGUCCUUCAAUACCAGUGUGGAUCAUUUCGAGAGGAAAACGGCUCCAAACUGUCAGGGACAAUCCCGGAACAGCAGUGUCUCAGUAACACUCAGUGGGCUAAACACAUCCCAUAGUGACUUAUAUAUUUGCCAAAUGGAGAAAAUACAUCCACCUCCCUACAUCGAGAGCAAAGGAAAUGGGACUUGUAUUUUCAUCACUCCAGAGAUGCCUGAGAUAAAGGCAUGCCAACAAUUCACUCAAUCCUUUAUGAUUGUAUUGGUCAUCGCUGCACUCUUCAUGUUCUACAGUAUCUUCAUUACCUGCAUACACUGGCCUCUUGGUACCACCGCUUGUAUUCUCAGGAUGAAGGAGGCAGUUGACAUGAAAUGUGAACUGAUUCACAAUUCUGACGAGCCCGCUACUGCUACGUGGACUGGCCAGCGCUGGGAGACAGGCCCAAGGCAAGAAGUUGAUAAAGAACCGAGAAGAACAGAACAAUGAAUAUGUGAACAUGGAACCUCCUAAACACAGCUCUGGAAGAAGGCGAGGGAACCACAUGGGAUACCGCACGUAACACAAUGUCAUGUAUGGAACUCACUGGGAGGUGCAACUGAGGCCUUUCCUGAAGAGAUCUGAGCAAAUCCUGGAUGAUUCCUGAAGGAGCUUCACCUUCUGCAUCCUUUCUACUUCCCUCAUUGAGUUGAUGUAAAAGCCACUGACUUGCGUGUUACUUGAAUUCUCUCCAAUGUUUGUUGAAGGUGGCAGGGUUGUGCAGUUCAGAAACACAGGCACCGCAAGGUUAUGUUUAACCUCUGUCGCACAGAGAAAAUUGGAGCUGGACCAAUCCUCCCAGAGACCCAGGCCUCACUGAACUUUCUUUCAGAUCCAACACCACUCUACAUUAUCUUCCCUUAGUUCAAAAGUUUUAAAAGUAACGCAGGAGUGGGAACCCAGUCAAUUAAGGCUGACUUUCCCAAUUUCAUGGACACGUUUCAUUCCUUUCUUGAUUCCCCUUCCCCAAAGACCCUAGCCACCGUCCCAAUACACCAUCUGUGACUCCAUCGGUUGAGAAUGUCCCUUGAUAUCUAUAUCCUCGUUUCCUUUUUCCUUAUCUGUCUCUCUUUCUCUGACUACAUAUUCUUUUUCUAACCCUUUCUCUACUUGCCCCUCUCUUUCUCUCCUUACUUUCCUUUUCCUUCAGUUCCUUUCACUCUCACCCCUCAGUCUCCUGAAGGGGAGGCUAUACAGAGACAAAACAGACAGAUACAGUCAGAUACUGUGAGACACAGCCACCAACAUGUGAAGACACAAUAAGCACCAGAGUGAAGUCUACUUGAGUUGAUAUUCAAGCAAUAUUAAUGUAGCCGAUCAAACCAUUGCUACCAUUAUUUGUGUCUUUGUAUAUUGUGUGGGUUUGUGCAUCUAUAUUUGCAUGUGUAUCUGCAUCUGUGCUGUGUCCCUCUGUGUGUGUGUGUGUCUUUAUGCAUGUGUCUCUCUCUGUGUGUCUGUCUGUGUGUUUCUCCCUCUCUCUCUCUCUCUGUCUCUCUCUGUGUAUGUGUCUGUGUAUGUUCAUAUUCCCAGUUCCUUCUUCCUGAGAACGCAUAGGAAUAUCAACAGAAGUGUUAUAUGGCUAUACCUGUGUGUUCACAUGUGAAAAGCCUUACCAAUCCCAAAACUGUUUUAAAAUUUCUUCUAAACAUUAUAAGUGUAAAAGUUAUUAUCAUCCUGUGAGACAGGAAUGUUGAAGUAGUAUCUUUAUAUGUUUACGUAAACAAUCGACUAUUUAUAUCAGGUUAUUACUGGAUUUGUAUCAGCAUUUCCACUAUCUCAAGCACUGUACUACCCAAACAUUGCGGUUGGUUGGCUCGCAGAGCUGAUUUGUUGUUCCGCAGACGUUUCACUACCCUGCUGGGUAACAUCAUCAGAAAAAAAACCUUAGAUACCCAAACAUUGCUGUACAAAAUGGAGCACCAACCAGGCCCUGGCUCUUUAACAUGUCGCAUAUAAACAUACAAACCUGCAGAGCUGAUGGCACACACCAGAUGAUCCACCUGCCUGCUCACACUAACAGGCUGUGCAGAGGGAAGGUGCUCACAUAAACAGAGGUGGUCCUUGGUGAGAAGUCCUGAAAGAAGGUCAUUUCAGCACUGCCUCAGAGUGCACAGAGACUGGAGCACAGCAGAUUCAAGCAGCAGCUCCAGUUAUACUUGGACCUUGAAUGAAUGUUCAGAGACACAUGAACUCAAACCCACAAGGUUGUUGCCUGGCAUUACUACAAAUUGCUUGCUUUUUUUCUUCAGUAGGUACAUUUAGUCUGAUGUCAAUAAUGAACAUGGUUGUUUGAUAAUUGCUAGUUGUAGACAUCUGUUCUUCAAUAAAUUGUCA